CCGAUACUGCCAAAGAAGCUGGAGCUUCUCGUGCUCAGAGGAUACUGGUUUUAAGGUGAUGGUGACAAGGUGGUUAGACACAUUUGAGAGUGUCUUUAUCUGUUUAGGUUGGUAUGAUUUCUGUAUGUCAGAGGAAAGAUACGAAUCUAUGAACGCAAUGCAAGACCUCCUAGACCACUUUCAGUUGUCCGCGACCUAGAAGUAUACUGUACCAUAUCUGACUCGCUGGAACAGUACAGUAAUCUACCGACUGUAUACUGUAACAGCAUUCUACACUUUGAUUCGCAAAUCUGCAACGUAUCAAAGGUCACCGAAUCAAGUUCUGUUCUUUGUCAUCAACAUGGUUUGUUAGGCAAAUAGGUAUAUAAACGGUGAAAUCAAUCGAGAGAGAAGAGAGAAAAUAAAGACUAUCACGCUGCCAACCACAAACAACAUACUCACAAGUGUACAUACUAUAGCUCUUGACAACACCCACCGCCCAUCAUGUCGAUGGUGUACGAGCACGUCCCCUCGUUGAUCGCAACGUACCUUGUUUCUCAUAAACACACGAGCUACGUUCUUUAUCAUGCCGCCAAGAGGUUUCGAAAGCCAUCGAGCGCAAUCCUAUUUCUUCAUAUCCUGAUACCCAACCUCGAGAUCUUGCGUUACUGGGCGCACUAUGUGCAGUAUGGAUAUCAUGUUUCCCCAGCUUAUCUUGACUUCAUAGUCAUGAUUUUCCAUUCGUGCACAAGCCAUUAUUUAGUUCAGAAAGGCCAUUAUGCUGGCCACAAGAAGAUUGUGCAGCCAGUAUUUCACGCGCAGAUGUUACUGCGCUUGGCCAUUUCCUUCUGCUCGGUUUUCCUCGGCUUCCCCUCCUUGCAUUCGGCAACCAUCAAAAUCAACGCCGCGGCUUCCUAUCCACGGAUCUUGAUCUGGGCUAUGAAAAGGCUAAAAGUUCUUUCAGACUAUAAAGCUGUAUAUACCGCUGCCAUGUUCGUUGGUGGCCUUCUUGCCGGACAUGACUCAGGCAUCUGGUAUGGCCCACAGGUCUUCAUAGGCUGCUGGGCAGGAUUAUAUGUCCUAGAGACUUGGGCGGCGCAAAAGGUACCACAUACCAGAAGGUACAACGAGACCGACACGAGCGAGGAAACCCUACCGACAUCCAAUUGUGGCUCCGAUACGUCGACUAUCGCAGUAUCGCACCUUCGCAGAAUCGCAGAAUCGUACCUUCGCACCUUCGUACCUUCGCGCACCUUCGCACUUUCGUAACUUCUUUCGCAACUUCGCGCUUUCGCAAUUUCCGCACCUAUCUAUUUAGCAACAUGCAUUGUAAAUUUCUUCGAUGCGCCUGGUCUCGAUUAUGGUCAAUAC